AUAAAAAAAAAUCAGAAACAGAAACAGCACAUGAUAAAAAGAUGACGCGAUAAGUCUGCCGCCUGGCCGCCUCUCCCUCUUUCCUUUUCACUUCCAUUCCAUGCCUUGAAUCCUCUUUCCAAGGAGAUGAUGAUACCUUCUUCCCCUCUUUCUCAAUCUCUCAUCACAACACUGUUGGCACACCUUUGGGCCCAGUGACCAGACCACACUGGCAACGGAAGGGUUCUUGUUCUCUUCUCCCCCGGUUCUCCUCCGGGUUUCGCUCGCGCCUUCCUCUUCCACCAGCUCAUCGAUCUGUCGGCCGUUGCUUCCUUCCUACCGCGAUCUUCCUCUUACCAUACACACCACCCUAAGCCCUAUCCCCCUAGGGCAUCAAACGCAUAGGAUUACACCCUGUUCGUCCUGCUCUUCUUUCCGGGGUUAUUCUUGCUUGCGCCGCAGCCCUACCCUACCCCGGCGACCUAUAUGAAUGGGAUGCUCCGGUCGUGAGAGAGAUGCUCUCUGUUCUUGGGACCGGUAGCAGCCUCUCGCUCUCUCUGACCCUUGCUUGCCCCUGCUCCUGCAAACACUCUGCUCCCCGGAAGAACCUCAUCCUGAACUCGGUUUGAUUCGGAGCACCUGGUGUUCUGUUCGUCCUGCCAAAAGCAGUUUCCUUCUUUUUUUUUCUUUCCCAGAGUUGAAGACAGUUUCAGCCUGCUCUGCUCAGUUCCUGAUCAGCGAUCACCCAACCCGGCGCAGCUGCAGUUCUUGAUCGCCAUCCAUGGCGGCGGCGGCCGCCGGCGCCGGGCGCGCCGUGGCGGUGGCGCUGCUGUUGGUGGUGGUGAGCCUGCGGCGGUCGGAGGCGAUCGGCGUGAACUGGGGCACGCAGCUGAGCCACCCGCUGCCGGCGAGCACGGUGGUGCGGCUGCUGCAGGACAACGGCUUCGACAAGGUGAAGCUGUUCGACGCCGAGGACGCCAUCCUCGGCGCGCUCAAGGGCUCCGGCAUCCAGGUCAUGGUCGGCAUCCCCAACGACAUGCUCGCCGACCUCGCCGCCGGCGGCAAGGCCGCCGAGGACUGGGUCGCUAGGAAUGUCUCCGGCCACGUCCGCGACGGCGUCGACAUCAGGUACGUGGCCGUUGGGAACGAGCCGUUCCUGGAGACAUUCAACGGGACGUACCUGAACACGACGUUCCCGGCGAUGCAGAACAUCCAGUCGGCGCUGAUGAAGGCCGGGCUUGCCGACAAGGUCAAGGUCACGGUGCCGCUGAACGCCGACGUGUACCAGUCGUCGACGGGGAAGCCCUCCGACGGCGACUUCCGCGCCGACAUCCACGGCCUGAUGCUCACCAUCGUGCAGUUCCUGGCGUCGACGGGGGCGCCGUUCGUCGCCAACGUGUACCCGUUCAUCAGCCUGUACUCGGACCCCAACUUCCCGCUCGACUACGCCUUCUUCCAGGGCUCCUCGUCGCCGGUGGCCGACGGCGGCGUCACGUACCAGAACACCUUCGACGCCAACCACGAUACGCUCGUGGCGGCGCUGCGCCGGAACGGGUACGGGAACGUGUCGAUCGUCGUCGGCGAGGUGGGCUGGCCGACGGACGGCAGCGCGAACGCGAACCUCGACUACGCGCGGCGGUUCAACCAGGGGUUCCUGGACCACAUCGCCGGCGGCCGGGGCACGCCGCUGCGGCCGGGCCCCGUCGACGCCUACCUCUUCAGCCUCGUCGACGAGGACCGCAAGAGCAUCCAGCCGGGGAACUUCGAGCGCCACUGGGGCAUCUUCAACUACGACGGCACGCCCAAGUACCCGCUCAGCCUCGCCGGCGGCAAUAGCGGGUCGACGCUGAAGCCGGCGAGGGGCGUGAGGUACCUGGAGAAGAGGUGGUGCGUGCUGAAGCCGGCGGCGGACCUCGCCGACCAGAAGGUCGGCGACAGCGUGAGCUACGCGUGCGGGCUCGCCGACUGCACGGCGCUCGGGUACAAGACCUCCUGCGGGGGGCUCGACGCCAGGGGCAACGUCUCCUACGCAUUCAACAGCUACUACCAGACCAUGGACCAGGACGACCGCGCAUGCGACUUCAGGGGGCUCGCCACCACCACCUCCGUCGACCCCUCCACCGGGACCUGCCGGUUCAUCGUCGAGAUCGACGUCGGCGCCGCGGCGGCUAUUAGCGCCGCCAGGGGCGUCGCCGCCGGGGCGGCCUCCGUGCUCGCCGCGAUCGCGCUCAUGUCCAUGCUGCUCUGAGGCUGAUGAAGCGUUUCCUCAUCGGUCGUCCGCGCGCGUUUUGUGUUCAUUAGCUUUAAUUUGGAAGAGAGGAUUCUUGACAAGUACUGCUACUUAGCUGUCCAUCUUAAUCGCCCAAUUGUGUUUUCUUUUUAAUUUGGUUGGAUAUAAGUAUUUCUUUGAUUUCAAAUUGCCACAUUUGUGUGUUGUUAACU